AGCAGCCAGGGAAAGGGAGAAAUCCCACACUAAACAGGCCCUGGUUAAGUGUGGUUAUCCUAACUGGGUGCUUGUCAAAGCCAGGAAGACGCCCAGGCUGCACCAGCCGAUCAGAUAGGAGGACAACAGCUGUCUAAGGGAGCAUGUCUUUAAACGAGGAAGGCUACGUUGUGAGGAUCAGAGGACUGCCUUGGUCCUGCACUCAAGAGGAAGUGGCCAGUUUCUUCUCUGAUUGUGACAUUGUGGGAAAGGUGAAUGGGGUGUGUUUCACCUUCUCUAAAGAGGGCCGCCCCAGUGGAGAGGCCUUUGUUGAGUUGAAAACUGCAGAUGACUUCAAGAACGCCAUUGCCAAAGACCGCAAAUACAUGGGGCACCGAUACAUAGAGGUAUUUAAGUCAAACCGUAGCGAGAUGGAUUGGGUGCUGAAACGUAGUGGUCCUGCUGACUAUAACGGUUGCAGUGGCUGCAUGCUGAGGCUCAGAGGCUUACCCUUCGGCUGCAGCAAAGAGGAGAUCGUACAAUUCUUCUCAGGGUUGAGAAUCGUGCCAAAUGGGAUUACUCUGCCAGUGGACUACCAGGGGAGGAGCACAGGGGAAGCCUUCGUGCAGUUUGCCUCAAAGGAGAUAGCAGAAAAGGCUCUGGGGAAACACAAGGAAAGAAUAGGGCACAGGUACAUAGAGAUUUUUAAGAGCAGCCGUAAUGAGAUCAAAGCCUACUAUGAGCUGCCCCGGCGUGGGAUGGGGGGCCAAAGGCCUGGGCCCUAUGAUAGACCGAUGAUGGGAGGCCCCAGGGGCGGGUUCUUUGGGGCUGGGCCCGGCCGUGGGGGAGCUUUAAUGGAAACCAUGAGAAGUGGAGGAGGCUAUGGAGGAGGUUACGGUGGCUUUGACAACUACAAUGGAUUCAAUAAUUACUGUUUUGGCAAUGGUGUGUUUGAUGACCGAAUAAGAGGAGAGAGGGUAGGAAGAGGUAUGGGAGGCCAUGGCUAUGGUGGGUCAGGUGAUUCUGGUUCAGGCUUCCACAUCGGUCACUUUGUCCAUAUGAGGGGUUUGCCAUUCCGGGCCACAGAGGGAGACGUUGCAAAAUUCUUCGCUCCACUGAGUCCAUUGAGGGUCCAUAUUGACGUGGCUCCAAAUGGCAAGUCGACUGGAGAGGCAGAUGUGGAAUUCCGCUCCCAUGAAGAUGCCGUGGCGGCCAUGUCCAAGGACAAGAACCACAUGCAACACCGCUAUAUCGAGCUGUUUCUCAACUCGACAGCCAGUGGAGCUGUAGAAAUGAGUCGUGGCAGCAGUAGCUACUACGGCAGCUCAGGAGGAGGCGGAGGCUUGCGCAGCGGUGGGCUGCGAGGUGCAUUCUGAUGAUAUCAUCCCACUCUUCAGAACCCAUCCUGAUGUUUGUCUCAUGUUUCUAAGGCUUCAUUUAUGCUUCACAAUUCAGAGCAGGGGCCCUGACCUGGAGUCUUAGAACAGAAAAACCACUUGGCUCCUUCACUUUUAUAAAGGUUUUUUUUUUGUGCAGAACCAGUGUAGUGUGCUGUACCCAGCAACAUAUUAUAACAAGCACUCAUCUACUUACUUCAGUAAGCUAAAAAAAAAAACCCUACUUUCCUCUGCAGUGUUUUGAGCCGUCCCCUAUACAGUAAGUGGCUGAUGGUGCAUACUGGAGCAGUGAUGAUUUUUUUUUUAGUAACCUUUUUCCUAGAUAUUUAUAUAGAGGUUAUAAAAGCUGGCUGUCGCAGUACGAAAGUAUGGUCCAAGCACCGCACUCUACACAUAGGUGGUGAGGUCUGGCUUCUGGACUAGUGUUGUAGAAAAACGUAUACCCUCGUGUACUGUUAUGCCCAAGUCUAGAAAAACUUGCCCAAAUACUUAUAUGUAAUCUGUACCCUUCUGAGGCAAAUCAAAAAUUUUAAUCUUUCAAAGUCCAAAAGGUUAUGUGUUGGUAAUUUUAUUUCCCUGAGGGAGCAGCAGUCAUUUCUUGAUUCCACUUACAUCUGAAUUAGCUAAGUAAAGACGAGAGGCAGAAUAUCAUAGGAACUGGUUAACGGAUGCACUAUAAUUUGUGACUAGGCAUGGUGACAUUAAAGACCAAAAAUAAUAGAAUAAAACAAAUCCUCUCACCCAAUAGGAAUUGCAUUUUUAGCUAUUUGGUGGUUAUGGUGUGCUGGACUAUCUAAUAGAGGCACACUCUUCUCCCCCCAAGUCAGACUGCUCAAAUUUGUUUUAAUUUAUCCGCCACGUUAAGGCUUCUUUGAGUCUUUUGGAUUUAUUCACCGAAUUGCCUCAGUAGUGUAGUUCACCAUAUGGUUAAAUUUUACUUGCAAAGACAAAAUGGGCUUAGAAACAGCGACAGAGUCAUUCUAGUUCAGCUCGCCUGCUCUGAGAAGUGUGAUAAAUGUGAGCUAGUGAGUUUUCUAUGACCGUUUUCACAUGUUGACUUAAAAUCUAAGUUGAAUAUAUUUUCUGCUCUCAGAGUAGAAAUAAAAAAAAUAUAUAUUUGAUCUGUGAAAUAGUUUAAGCAACUGUUGUACAUUUUGCCUAAUAAAUUUUAUAUUUA